AUGGCGGCAAGACAGGUCUUUGCUAACGAAGUCCUGUACUUUUUGUCAAAUAACUUCGAUUUAUUUGAUAAUGAUAAUUUUAUUGCUAACACGUCUGACUUUUAUACUAAUGAAGAUUUCAUAUCUGCUUUGAAAACUUUGAAAACUGAAUUGGAAACUCAAAAUUUGGAUAAAUUAGACAAGUUAGUUGGUCGUGGUAAUACAAAAAAAGAAAAACUCCUAGAUUGUGUCUCAAUUUUGAAAUACUUGAAAAAUAACAGUGUUUUAGAAAAAUGUUCGUUAUUUGCUAGUGUUAAUCUGGCUAAAGUUCCUAAUCUUGACAAUAUAAUUAAAGUUAAUUUCAAAAAUCUGAAAAACGAAAUUAAAGAAAUGUUGUACGCUCAACAGGUAAAAAUUGUUAAUGCAAUAGACAUGCACGGCAUUGAAAUUUCAACAUUGAACAACAAGAUAAAUCAUUUAGCGUCCAAACGAGAUAACUAUAAUUUUGCCAGUCAUUCGAUUGGCGCUAAAAUAGUUGGCGCUAAAAAAAACGAUAAUAAUAAACUCAGUGCUGAUAAAAAAUUGAUCAAAAAAUCUGUAUUUGCCAUGAGCAACAUCAAAAAAUGCAGCAGAAGUAAUGUGAUUGACUACCUAUCGGAGGUGGGUAUUCAGGUAAUUUCGUGCUAUCCAGUGCUGAAACGCUCUAUGGUUCCGUCGGGUACUCUGCCUCGUAAUGAAGACGAAGACUCAACAAUGCUCAGAGUAUGCAUCAACGCCAGUGAUACUUCUAAAAUUCAAGAUCCUGACAAUUUGCCAGAAAACGUAAUCAUCCGUGAAUGGCGACCGAACAAGCAAGGUGGUGGUGUUGGGAUUUUUCUCAGGGAGGGUAUCAAUUAUUCAGUCUUGGAUGAAGUUACGCUCUCCAAUUGUGUAGUUGACUACUUGGGUAUCGAAAUCAAAUUAAACAACGCAGAACCAUCUGGCAUUUCAGUGCAAGAUGGCAAGCGACCAGACGGUUGUACUCUUACUCCCUGGAGAGCCGGUAAAUGUUUGGCUUGGGAUGUUACGGUUCCUGGUACCUUGGCCGAGCGCUACGUUCACCUUACCAGCAAAGAAUGUUGUUUUGCUGCAAUCAGGGCAUCGGACGAAAAAAUUAAAAAAUAUGAACACGCCCUGCCUUCCUUAGAUUUUUUGCCAAUAUGUAUCGAGGUCCUUGGACCCAUGGACCCCAAUACUUCAAAAUUUAUUAAAACAUUGUGUAAAAUGAUUUGUGUUCGGUCAGACCUCAACACAGAACUCAACGUUUACUCGAAUCAUCAUCAGCAUCAUCAUCAUCAUCAGCAGCAUCAGUAUCAUGGUGGACCGAAGAACCCUUACUUCAGGCACAUCUCCCUGGAUAGGAAAAACGAAAGCGUGAUAUAUGUGGGCGGAGUAGACUUCCUACACCGACUGGACGCCCUUGACAUAUCAAGGCACCCCACAGCUUCAUUGAAUCUCACGGCAUACGACGAAUCAUUCUUCCUAUCAAACCGCCAAGAACACUGCAGUCACGUGGGCAUCAAACAAGCUUACAAAUGUCUGAACCAUGUCAGGAACAUCGUCUCGCUGGACAAUGGAAGACUGUACGUUUGCAGCAGUGGCUCUGCUAGCCCCGUUCUAUACCUGCUAAAUACAUUCAAGUACGGCAUGAAUAUAAAUUCUUUUAAAAUACUCCUUUGGGUCAGCUUUCAAAGUUGUUUCAUGCCAAAAGUCAUUGAAUUUGGUGUCGUUUUUUGCUUAAAUUACGAUAUACAAAUCGCCAGAUCUAAAUAUGAAAAUUAG